CCCGCUACGCUCCAUCUCGAGACGGUGCUCCUCAGCCCUCGCCUGACAUACACAUACAUACAUACAGGUGCAACAUGCAUGGCUGACAUAACAGCAUGAAGUUCAGCCGAUUGAGUGGAUACCUUGGCAUUGUCGCCGUGCUCCUUGACGUAGGUCUUGUACUUAUGCCUGCCGUCAGCCUUCUCCCACCAGGAAGCCACCCAGGCCUGGGUAUUCUCGUUCCGGAAACACCCGGCACAUCAGACUGGUGUGCUGCAGCAAACACACACACACACACAAGAACAGGUGUUGCCUUUCUGUCCCACUCAUUUGCUCACCCGCGAUACUGACGACAGUCUUCCUUCUCUUGUCGGUGGUCUCGCGGCGGUGGCCAGCUGGGAGUCGUCCCAAUCGCCCGUAGUACUAUCAUGUUGAAACACAACAGACAGAGAAGAUGCCCUUCACAUUUGUGUUUUCUCGUGCCAUGUUUGCAUUCACCCCACCUCCGUGCGCCACUUGAGAAACCCCUCCUCUCCGUGCAAACGCAUCAUGCGCAAAUGGAACUCCUGCAUCGCCCUCUGGGACCUCUGUAAAACAAACACGAAGUGACCGAAAAACAAAAGGCGUGGCAUGUCAAUUUCUCACCGCGCUGCACAAUGCGCGAUAGGCCGCGUCGGAUAUCAACGGGCGUCCAUCCCUGUGAAAAAAGAUAUUGCAUAAGUGCCGUGUAUAUGUGGCCUGCGUGGCUCCUCUCUCACCCCUGCACACGUGGCUGCACGUAGAGGUAGUAGAAGUCAGAUAUCGCCAUCCUUGCACACCUCUCGAUCAGCUCCCGCUGGCGCGACAUCUCCUCCUUCAGCCACCUCACGAGAUUGACCGCAUACUGCGACACAUAAUGCAGGAAGUCAGCGCAGGGAAUGUCAUGCGCAAUGCGUACCGAGAGCUGGUGGGACCUGACGAAGCGAUCAAGCUCAGCCCAGGUGUAGAUCCUGUCGUUGACAGCCGAGAUGAAACGAAUCAAUUCCUGCACACAAAACAUGGAGAGACUCAUACACAUCGACAUGUCAUUUCGCCUCUGCACCUGCUCGUGGAUGCCACCGCCUGCUGAGGUGUUUCUCACAUGUUCUUGGCAAGCAAACUUAUAACUCCUACAGCUUGUCGGGUGCUUACUGUGUGCAUGUGUGUUGUCCGCCCACCCCAACAUUUGCCCAUUUCGCUUGCUAGCGUUCGGUGCGAACGAACUUACGGAGUGCCAGGCAAACGGACUGUCGGACUUUUGUGCUAUGUUAUCGAACUCAUUUGAACGACGCAUGAAGAUGCAUUCACGUAACACAUGAAUGCAGUCAGCACAGGGCUAAUUUCUUAGUAGAAUGUGUUGCGACCUACUACCGACACAGAUGGGCUUUGAUUAGAUGGCGGUGUUGUGUACCGGUAAGUAAGGAGUGUGGUCGGACCCUCUGUCUCCAACCACAACAGAUACAGGUUAUACCACUGACACAGGCACACAGACAGAGAUCCAGCAUGACAGGGAGGUCGAUACUCACCGUGUGUCUGCUACCGACCGUCACGUGCACGAAAUGGGAUGAGCACCUCAAAACACCACACGAGUGUAGGUAGUGAGUAGGUACGAGUGCCAGUGUGUUGUUGUACCUCAUAGACGGGUAUGGUGCAUCUCGGGCCGUAAAAGUGGCCCAUGAGACGGCAUGACAUCCAUG